UAUCGAGCUGCUCGCAGUGUGGACGCCAUCAUUACCAUGAUAACAUCCUAAAAUGUGAAACUUGAAGGAUUUUCCCCCUUUUUUUAGUCAGUCGUUUCCACAUUCUCGUGACCUUUACGAGUCGGGGUUAUUUGUCAGAACAACAAAUGUAUUAAGCUAAACGAUAUCUGUAUGUUUGUUGACAUAACGCACAGUUUCUGACUUGAACCGUCAUCUUCUAAUGUGAAGGUAGGAAAUGAUUUUGGCAGGCAGCAGUUCUCCGGUCAUGUAUUUGUGGACAGAGACAAAAGAAUAAGCUUGAUGUCACACUAGAAAAAACACAAGAUUGAAGCCACCUGGGUACUUUCCAACGCCUGAUGUCACUCUCCACACCCCUGAACAAUGCACACUCGUCCCCUUCCUCUGCAAAAAGAGCCAGCAGUCUUUCAGUAACGUGUGGGACCUGAACAAGCAUGCAGAGGCCGAUUGCAUGGACUCGAGGCAGUUUCAAAACGCUUACUAUUUGAUUUCUGCAAACAAGUAUCAGAACAGUGACUCUGCGAAGCACAGAAUUAGCCCUUCAUGACUCCAUGUUCGAGAUGAGACCUCGACAAAGAAUCGAGAUGAAGCCUGAGAUGUCUGGAAACAGUGUGGAGUAUAUAGUGGGUGAAGAUGAUAAUGAUCUGGACAUGAAUAAUUAUUGUGAGAAGGCACGUGUUUCAGGAUGGGAUGGUAAAAAUAAGAAACCCUCUAAACCUGCCGGCUUGUGUCCAGUUGAUCCUGAGUUAGACGGUGGCUCAAGUUCAACUGAUGAUUCAAGUGACUCCUCUUAUAGUCCACAAUUCAAACCCCCGCCUGCUAUCCAUCCUACCAAUAAGAACUCAGUCUGUGCAACCUGUGGCAGAGGCCCCUUUCGGUCUCUCAAGCUCCAUUUACUGCACUGCAGUGGUGUAAGAGUAAAAUAUCAGUGUUUCCUAUGCAAAGAGCUCUUUAUGACGGAGACGCAGCUUAAUGAACAUUACAUGUCUUUGUAUUCCUGCCACAUUUGUGGUCAAGUUUUCUCUCAUGAGAACUUAUACUAUCAGCACCCGUGUCCCAAAAAGAGCAAAUCCCCUUUGGUCCUCUUUUGUUCUGAGUCGAUGCCGCAAUGCUGUAACAUAUGCAAAUCUUUUUACGCCUCUGAGAAAACUUUGCUAAACCACGUUAACAAGGUUCACACGUCAGUGGUGAGCACCAAAGUGUGUAUUAUUACCAAUCCAUCUGCACUGACAGAUAAAGCAGGCCAGUCAGCCAGCAGGCCUCCAGAAGCAUCCAACCAGGUUGUUAAUGGAAAGUUUUGUGACACCCAGGCCUGUGCUUCAAGCUCUUCCUCUCUCUCGACCUCCUCUGUCCCCCCAGGCCGAUCUGUUCAGCCUCCUACAGCCCUCCCACCUGACACAACUCCAGCUACUACAGCCUCCGUACGAGACUCUCCACAAAUGCCCACUAUUUUAGCCAUGUUUGAGAAUGACAGCCAGGAUGUGGCCUUAAUGAAACGCAUGAACACAGGCUGGCGCUCAAAAACCCCUUACCCUUGCAGGCAGUGUGGCGCCAUCUUUCGGCAGCCCUCCCUCGUCAUCAGUCAUCGCUACCUCCACCGAGGCCGUCGCUCACACCGGUGCCAGUGCGGCAGAGCCUUCAAGCACCGUCUGCACCUCCUGCGGCAUUGUGUUCAGCAUGCAGAAAACAUGAGUUACAUCUGUGUCAGCUGCGGGGAGACUUUUACCGGAGCAACAGUUUUAGCUGAGCACAUAGAGGGCAAGUCCAGGAAAAAAUCCCACUCUGAACCUACACAGAGACGUAAAGUGAGGAAAAAGUGCAGAAUGCCCUUUACAUGUGACUGUGGACAGCACUUUUUUAGGCCUUCUGCUUACAUAUGGCACCAACUUAAAAACGGGAACAAAACAAAAUGUUUGAAGAAGCGCUUGAAAUGACAAACACAUCUCCGGUUUUCUCAUGCUUGUAGAUACUCCUUUCUCGCUUUGUGCGACACACUUAAGAUCAAGGCUUCAAGUAAAAUCAGAGUCCCCACACUUGUUAUGCAGUUGUUUUACUUUUGGAAAGACAAAAUCAAUCGCACAUUUGUUUUAAUGGCUUUUAAUUAUACGCAUCUCCAAGAUAGUUAUUGUCAUGUCAAAUUUUUUUUUUUUUUUUCUACAACGUGCAAAUAAUACAGAGCAAACAAGGUCAACACAUGUUCCUGUUUUGACAACAUACAUGAAUAUUUCAUAUUUUUCACAAAAAGCUCCAGUUUAUCCUCCAGAGAAGAGUGAGUCCAGUUUUCCACACUUUUGAUCCCUCACAAAGUGCUUUAAUCACAGUGCAGUUUGUUUGUGAGUUUUAAGGUUUUGUUUGUUUGAUGUACUCCUUUUUUUAUGGUAGUUCAACUUUAGGAAUUUAAUUUGAGCUGUCCUUAAAAUGAUUAACUUAAUGUAUGUCCACUAGAUGGAGCUGUAGAGUUAAGGAAGGACGUGUUUACCAGACAUCUUGCACUCAAGUUUGCUCUCAGAACAGGUGUAAACUGUUCGAUGAUAUACUGAAAUAUACAUGCGUUUAUGUUGACAUGCCAUACAAACCCAAGGACUCUUAUGAUGAAAUAAAGCUUUCAUUGACAAUA